AUGUUCAACGAUCGAUACUUUUGUUUGGUCCCUCUGGUACAGGAAAGACACGUUCUAUUCGUGACCUAUGCUCGAAAUAUCGAACAAAGUUUGACCAUAGGUGAUUUGGCUGCGGAAUUUCCGGCUGAAGCGGAAAAAGGGUUGAAACACUAUUUUCUUUUAGCUCGCAACAAUCGACCAAGUGAUGAAAUUGAAUUUGAGGUUCUAUCGCCAGAAAAACGCUUAGAAAUUCUUGCAACCUGCGCAAGGGUUCUAGACCUCGCGAAUGAUGUAGACAUCAAAGAAAUUAAUAAGAUAUGUCAUGGGUUUGUGGCAGCAGACAUUGCGUGUUUAUGUAGAAUGGCCUCCGAGAUUGCUGACGUUUCUAGUAUUCAACAGAAAGGUGUUCCGGGACAAUUAAAAAUAUCGAGUCAAAAUUUUCUUGAUAGCUUCAGGAAGAUCGAGAUUAGUAAUUUACAAAGAAAGAACGGAGAUGUGCAGAGAGCCGAGCCGGUAAAGUGGGAUGAUAGGGUUUUGGAAGAAUCGGUGAUAUGGGUCGGUGAAUCGGAAAAGGCGAUUGCGAAUAUUUUUAAAAUAGCGCGCCGAUGUAGUCCUUGCAUAAUUUUUCUGGACGAGUUGGAAGCGUUAUUUGGAAAUCGAGAGUUUACUGGCCGACUAGACAGGCUUGUGUAUGUUCGACCACCAAAUAUCGAGGAAAGAAAAUCGAUCUUCAGAAUUUUAGCCAAUAAAAAACCGAAAUUCUCAAAUGGCGUUGAUAUUGAUGAAUUGGCAGAGAGAACAGCAAAUUUUACUGGAGCCGACAUCAAGGGUUUGGUGCGAAGAGCCGCAUUGCUAGCAUUCCAAAAAUUUAGAAAAGGAGACAAUGAAGAAAAAAAUAUUGGUCAAUCUGACUUGUUGGAAGCACUUUCGAACUUCAAUCCUUCGGUUGGUGAUUCGCAGCUUGCAAAAUAUCAAAGAUUCGCGGAAUCGAUGAGAGCUGAAGUGAAUUUCUGA